UUUUGGUUCCAUGUCCAUUCCAAGGCCACAUAAAUCCUAUGCUUAAUCUGGGCUCCAUCCUCCACUCCAAGGGCUUCUCCAUCACAAUUGCUCACACCCAAUUUAAUAGUCCUAAACCAUCUGAUAAUCCUGAUUUUGUCUUUUUACCCAUUUCAGAUGGCUUAUCCUAUUCCGAUCUCUCCUCCAAAGGGAUUGUAGAUUUCAUCUCAUGUCUUAAUAUCAACUGCAAAGAGCCGCUCCUGGAAUCAUUGACUCCGAUGAUAGAUGAAAAACAGCAACUUAAAGAGCUCCCCUGUAUCAUAUAUGAUGAAUACAUGUACUUUGCCGAACAAGUGGCUCAUCUUCUAAAGCUUCCAAGUGUUAUCCUGUCCACGGGCAGUGCUGCCAAUUUGUUAACAUACUAUGCUUUUCCUCGUCUGCAAAAGGACGGUUUCAUUCCCUUUCAAGACGAUAUGGCACUGGACAUGGUCCCUGAGCUUCAUCCCUUCAGAUUCAAGGAUCUUCCUUUCAGAUUCAAGGAUCUUCCUGGAGCGAGUUCUGAAAAUCUAGAUGCCUUAUCGAAGCUUAUAGCAAGUGCACGCGACACAAGAUCCUCGUCUGCCAUGAUUUUGAAUUCCAUGGAAUUCCUCGAACAAUCAUCACUGAUUCAGCUCAAGCAGCAAUGCCGCAUACCACUAUUCUCAAUAGGUCCUAUGCACAAAAUUGCUUCGGCGUCCUCUAGUAGCUUACUGGAAGAGGACAGCAGUUGCAUCUCAUGGCUUAACAAGCAAGGUCACAACUCAGUUAUAUAUGUAAGUUUUGGAAGCAUAGCAUCCGUGGAUGCCAAAGAACUAACAGAAAUGGCUUGGGGCAUAGCCAACAGCAAGCAACCUUUCCUGUGGGUGAUUAGGCCAGAUCCUGAUAAUGGAGCAGAACCUACUGAUUGGUUGCCUGAUGAAUUUAAAGUGACUCUGGGAGAAAGAGGCUACAUAGUGAAAUGGGCACCACAACAAGAAGUAUUGGCACAUACUGCUGUGGGAGGAUUUUGGAGCCAUUGUGGUUGGAAUUCAACCAUUGAAAGUAUAAGUGAAGGGGUUCCAAUGAUUUGUAGGCCAUGUUUUGGGGAUCAAAAGGUGAACACAAGGUACAUCAGCCAUGUAUGGAGAAAUGGGUUUGAGUUGGAGAAUGAUUUGGAAAGAGGGAAGAUAGAGAGAGCGAUAAAGAGACUGAUGGUGGAAAAAGAAGGGGAGGAGAUGAGGCAGAAGGCAGUAGAAUUGAAAGAAAAAACCGAAGUUAGUAUCAAGAAAGGUGGAUCUUCUUAUAAUUCCUUGAAUGAAUUAGUGGAGCUUAUAACGUCAGUUUAA